UAACAAAAAGUAUUCUUCUCCAUGCCAUUUAACAAAUAAUAAAUUUUCAUAUACAUAUUUUUUUGAAAAUUACAAUAUCAUUGGUUCAAGUCCUGCAAAUGAAAUUUACACUCAAUGUUUGAGAGCAGUUCAAUCUUUAAUUGCAAAUAAUGUGAAUAAAGUAACCAUUAAACAACCUAUAAUGGCAAUUUCUUUUUUUUAUGAAACGGCAAAAGAAGCUAACUUAGUUCGCAAUACUGAGGAACGCAUAAAAAUUGAAGAUUUUAAUAAAGCUGCUAAACAAUGUUUUAGCCAAGCAUUUGACGACAGUAAACCAUUCAAAUGUUUCGAUUUGGUCUAUAUUUUUGUAUUAUUGAAUCAACUAAUUGAUUUUGGUGACAAUCCUUCAAUCACCUUCAAGAAAUAUGAUAUCAUUUCUGAAAUAAGUUGGGCCCUUGGAGAAGAUUAUCGAUACCUACCUAGAAUUGAUAAUGACUGAACAUGAAAUAUUUAAAGUUGCAGAAAAAUGAAGAUUAAUGUUAUUUGUUUUGUUGAUAAUUUUAAA